AUGGCUCCGAAGCUCAAUGUUUCCCUAAAUAAACCGUUGAAUAAUGAAUUCUAUGUUUCCAACGAGCCCAUCAUCGGCUCUGUAGAGUUGGAACUGUCAAAACCAGCAUCUGUAAUCUCAUUGUCUAUUGCACUCCGGGGUACAUCUCAAACGUAUGUUCAAAUGAGCAAUUCAGACUACCUUACGAGCGGAGCAUUUGGAACUCGGUCAAGUCAUACCCUGGUGCAUCAAAUCCAGACGUUGUUCCCGCCGGAAAACAUAAGAGAGGCAACUAAUGGAUCGAAAAAAGGGUUUCAGUUAUCGAAAGGUCGUUACAGCUACGCAUUCGAAUUUUUGAUGCCCAACUGGCUCAAAUGUGUUGGAGAUCAUGGUAGGGAAAGCUCGGGAUUUAAUAGAACGCUAUCAGAUCCAAGGUUGCCUCCUAGCUUCAACAGUGACGUAAUUGGCGAAGGCAUGGUGGACUGCGAAAAUACUUACUACAAAACGGGGUCUGUUACCUACUAUAUGAAAGCAGUUCUUGUUUUAGGUAAAAUGGGAUUUCGUUUGACUCCUGGAAAUACUAUUGUUGAAGAGUAUCGAGCUCUAGAGUUUAUGCCUUCGCCUCACAACGAUAGCGACCAUCCGUUAAUUGCACAUUCUGACGCUGGUCCAUUACAAAAAUUCUUGUCCAAAAAGCAUUUCAAAGUUGGCUCAAAACGUACUGCCAAAAUCGAAGUCAAGUCGCCUUCGCUUACAAGAGUCUUCAGAUUAGACUACUUGUUCCAACCCGGGUGUAACAAAUUUGAUCAAAUUUCACUUAUGGUCAAUAGGAAGCCCACCGAAAAACUGGAUAUCAAGCUCUUGCACCUGAAGUUGAAUCUAAUUGAAAUUGUCAAUUAUCUUUCGCAGGGACAGGUCAACGCGAUGAUCGGCACGAUUCCGCUGAUUGAGAUGAACCUAAAUCUCAAGCUAGAGACUUGUAGAGUCAGGAACACCGGAGAUGGGUCGGUAGAAUGGCCCUUAGACGUAGCACAAAUACCAGAGCUCGUGCUUUAUCGAUUUAACGAAUCCGAUAUGCUUUACCGUGGCAAUCGACUCUUCAGCUUCACUUCAUGCAAUAUAAAGCGGGCCUUUAAGUUUUGUCUGGGGUUAACGCUCGACAUCAACGGGUUACUUUUCGAGACGGAAGUCUUGACCACAAUUUGUGACAUCGGAUACUUUUCAUUAGAAGACCAUGAAGAGCUUCCAACGUACGAGGUAUCGGAUUUCCCGCCUUUUUAUUCAGACCAAAACGAAGUGGUAGUCUGA